UCUAAUUGGAUAUCUUUGCCUGCAUUACUCUAUAUUUUGCAAUGCUGUCGGCAUGAAAUCAGAGCUUGUUGAUGUCUUGGAUUUUGGUGCUGUUGGUAAUGGCAAAGCAGAUAGUUCUGAGGCCUUUUUGACGGCUUGGAAUUUCGUAUGUAGCAGAGAAACCGAACGUGUUAGAUUGAUUGUUCCAGGAAACCAUACGUUUUUGUUGCAUCCAGUCACUUUUAGUGGCCAAUGCAAGGCCAAAGAGAUCAAAUUUCUGAUACAUGGGAGAAUAGUGUCACCGGUUUCACCUAAAACAUGGGAGGGACUCGACCAGGGCAAAUGGCUAACGUUUAACGGAGUUUCUGGGCUCAAAGUCAAAGGUACCGGUGAAAUUAAUGAACGGGGCUGGGGUUGGUGGAACCAAUCAUGCAGGGAUCAUCCAGGCCUGACCAUCACUUUCCAAUCCUGUAAAACCAGCAGUCUCAGCGAGCUUCGAAUAAUAAACAGCUCCCAGACACAUGUGCUAAUAGAGGGGAGUGACCAUUUCAUCGUUGAGGAUGUGAUGAUAACAGCUCCUGAAACCAGCCCAAAUACAGAUGGAAUUCAUAUCAGUUCAGCUAGCAAUAUAGUUAUUAGAAACAGUAGAAUUGGAACUGGGAUACUUGUGAAUGAAACAGGUGAUGAUUGUGUUUCCAUUGGAGAUCACACUACUAAUAGUGAUUCUCGUGUCAAGUGUGGACCGGGUCAUGGAAUAAGCAUUGGAAGCUUAGCAAGGGCGGGAAACUUUGUACAAGUGCAGAACAUUCAUGUAAGUAGAGUUGCCUUCAAGGGAACUACCAAUGGAGCUCGAAUCAAGACUUGGCAGGUAGGGAGAGGUUAUGUUCAAGUAACAUUUGAGAAUCUAUUCUUCAAAUCAGUGAAAAACCCAAUAAUCAUAGAUCAAAAUUACUGCAAUGUUAGGGGUGCUUGCAAGGAAUUGCCAACUGGAGUUCACAUAAGGGACGUGACUUACAGAAAUCUAUGGGGAACAUCAAGCACCCAUGUGGCCAUUUCUAUAAACUGCAGCCAGUCGGUUUCAUGCACGGGAUUAUUAUUGCAAUCCAUAUGGCUUAAGUCUGCCAUGGCUAGGAAGGUUAUUUCUAGUUGCAUUAAUGCUCAUGGCGCAGCUAUUGGAGUUGUUCAACCUGCUCCCUGUUUCCAAGAUUGAUUAUUGAAGCCAGUUUCUGCAUUCAAAGAAACUUGAGAAGCUAUUUUUUUUUUUGUUGUACAUUCUGAUUCUACGAUAUUGUACAUCUUACAUAAUCCUAAUGGCUUAUCUUUUCUCACAUUACCUUCGUGUAAUUCUAAUUGUACAAAU